GUUUCUUGUUUCAGUUUGAGAUGGUUUUGGGGCUUUAUUUUAGAUCAGCUUUUCUGCUUAUCACUUUCUUAAAAAAAUACAUUUGUUUUGGAAAGGGUUAAGUGAGGAAAGCAUGGAUCAGGACUUAAACCACUUCUUCCAUUGCAGGGAUAGCAUCUAGGUUGCGCUUGUGUAACCAUGUUUGUUCCAUACCUGUUAGCAGGCAGGCAGGUAGGUGUGACUGAAGAUGGAAAGUAAAAGUGAUGCAAAUAGCUACUUGAGGAAAUUUUCUUCUGCUGACUAUAAUUCCAUUAUUGUUGUAAUAGACAGUCAUAUUCCCAUUUCAGAAUUCAAUACUGGUGCUAAGACUCAGUAUUUGGAGCACACUUUUAGCAAAAUUGGCAGGACCUGAAGAAGAAACUUGCAUUUCGGUGUAUAUUAUUCGAGAAUGUCUGUUGCAGUGUCAUUUGAAGCAGCUUGUACUGCAUAUUGCUGCUGAUGGACUGCUGGCCUGACCAUGUUGCAGACUCCUGAGUUCCUGUUUUUGUAAUUUAAAUAUAAAACUUAACAUUGAGGCAUAACUUCAGUGGGUUACUUUAUAGGAAAAUAAUUUCUACAAAUAAUAAUAGAAAUUUCUGCACUUAAUUCUGUCAGUUUUCUGUUAGUCAAUUUUUCAAUUACUUUCUUUGAAGAAGCAGAAACUUAGUCUUACUGGAUGCUGCCUACCCUCAGAAAGCAAUUGAAGUUGUGAAAAGUAUGUAGUGUAGGAACAUUUUACUGUUUUUCAAAGCUUUUAAUUUCAGCCUUUCAAUGCUUUCAUUCUGGUUGUGGGUAUUUCUAAGGCUCUGUCUCCCCUAGGAGUGUAUUGCAGUAUGUGUUGCUCUUUGAGCAGCAUAGAUUUCUUUAGCCCCCAGUGUGUUCACUGAUCACUCAUUCUUUUCUCUGAUGACUUACUCUACUCUUGAGAAUGAAACAAGCUCUGUUAGCAAAACCACAGUUUUGCAGGUUCAGCUGUAUUUGUUGUAAGAGUUUCACCCAGCACAACUGUCUUGUUUUGCAAUUCAGCCCUUGGGACAACAAAGCUUUCAUAAGAUAGGUUAUGCCCUGAGUAAUUCCAAUUCUUGAAAUAAAUCUUGUUUACGAAUAGCCUUUAAUUUUUAGUUUGUUUUACCUUUUUGGGGUGGAAAGGCAUGUCCAAUAAAUAAGUUUUUUAUGUGAAUUGCAUUCUUUCAGGAUUUUGAGAUAUUUCUUGAAGUCUGCAGUUAGAUCACUGGCAGCUGUCCUCCACUGUUGUCUUAUACUGAUGGAACUUUCUUUAGAUUCAGAUAAAGUCCUUUUUUGUUCAUAACUGUUUUUGUAGUUCCUCAAUGGAAGAGGUGUUAAAAACUGCCCACGGCACUAUGGAAACACUCAGACAAAAUAGUAAUUUACUGACACCUGUGAGGAGUUGUUGGGCAGAGUGAUGGAAAUGAAGAGCUUCAACCAUCGCUUCAGUAUGGCGGCAGCUGAAUCUGACAAAGACUCCGGAUAUUCAGAUGGAAGUUCAGAAUGCCCAAGUGCUAUGGAGCAGACGGACUCCGAGGAUGUGCUGAACACGCUGUGUUGGAAUGCAGAGGAUGGACCUUGGCAAUGCCCGAGGACCACAAGCAGCUCCUUUCCUACGCUAUCUCCUAUGGUUGUUAUGAAAAAUGUGUUGGUUAAACAGGGGAGUUCAUCACAGCUCCAGUCUUGGACUGUGCAGCCAUCCUUUGAAGUGAUUCCAGCUCAGCCACAGCUAGUGUUUCUUCGUCCAUCAAUCCCGCCUCCCAUUAAUCCUCACCCUGUUGGGAAAAAGAGAAAUGACUCCACUAAUUACCUGCCCAUCCUGAAUUCUUAUCCCAAAAUAGCACCACAGCCCUGCAAAAGAGAUCACUCCUUUGAUGUAGAAGAAUGUCAGGAAACCACUUGCCAUAAACGACUCUGCACAGAAGCACCCAAGAUGGAGACUUCUCCUGGACUGAUGAGCACAGGCUUGCCUGCUAGUUCUUUUUCCCACCUACCAGUUAGCUUUAAGACCCCUCAGGAUUCUAGCCAGCAAAAUUCUUCAGCUCUGGUGACAAGUGGAAAACCGUCAACUCUUCCUGGUUUUCAUCGUGUUUCCAGUGAUGCUCAGAAAGUGCCGGGUUUGACUCCUCUUUUGCCUUUUGGAACUCUGCAGGCAGCAAAGUGCACCCCUCAUGAGAGCGAGAGUGCGUCACAGACUACAAUGCCUUCUGCAGUGUGGAGCCCUCCAUUGAUACCAGAAGAGGUUUGCACUACCCCUGAGCUGCUCUUGCAGCAGCAAAGCAAGUGCAGACGCUUUCAGAAUACACUUGUUGUGCUACGCAGGUCGGGAUUGCUGGAGAUCACUUUAAAAACCAAGGAGCUCAUUCAUCAGAACCAAGUGACGCAGGCUGAGCUGGACCAGCUGAAGCACCAAACACAACUUUUCAUAGAGGCAAUAAAGAACAAUGCUCCACAGUCAUGGGCAGAGCUAGAAGCAUCUCUAACAGGAUCUGAUAAAGCUGAUAGCAACCUUGAAGACACCACUUAUCCCAACAUGUAGUAAAAAUGUGCAUAGCUGUUGGUCAAGUUAUUUCUGUGCCUCCUUUUUUCCUGUCUCAAACUUCUACUUGAGCAUUUUUUGAGUCAAAGAUUUGCAAAGUUGCGUUGCCAUUAACAAUUUGUCUUCAGAGCCAGCUGUAGGACUGGAAUAGCAUGGUGGGUUUAAGACAGAAUGAGUACUUAGUACUGCAGCAUGACCUGAAUUUCGUGCUAACUCUGUAAUUCCUUGGUCUGAAGAAGUUUGUAUGUGCUGGCAUGUUCCCAUUCUUGAAGUGAAGGCAGUAAUUUGCAGUAUUCCGCAAGCAUCUUUUUAUUCCCAUCUUCACACAGUUAUUUCUGAGAGUGUAUCAGCAGAACAGGCCCACUGUUGGGCCAUCAUCAGUUCCAAGUAGGUGAAGGGAGUUGGUGUGAGGUGAAAUAAGUCCUUUUCCCAUCCCCUUCCUUAGUUUUUUUAUUUAGAGAAAUUGAAUAGAGAGGAGAAUUUGAAGUUCAGAAUAUAUAUUUUUAGGAAGCGAUUGCCCUAGAAAACAAGAGAUGGGCUCAGGGUACCUAGAGAUGAAAGGAGGCAGAAAAAAUGAAGUCCAGUCGUAGCUGUUUGCGACAAGGAAAAAUGAGUCUACCAGUGACCUUCUCCAUUCUCUUUCCACUGCUCUAAUAGAGUAUAAAGGAAUGAAGAACUUGCUUUGCAGGGCAGUACCUUCUGACUUAGGGAGACUUAGCUGGUGGAAAUCUCUUGUAGUCCUUGGAGUACCACAUGGACUUUUUCUCUGACAGUAUGGAGGGUGGGCUGAAGUGGGUGUGCUUAGAACUAAUGGGCCUUUCUGCUGGUGUAAUUUGUAUAAGUAUAUGUUCAAUAAAUCUGUGAAUAAAGUUUAGCAGCUGGUUAGAAAUCUUCUACUGGGCAUCAGUCCAGACUUAAAUAGUAUUUACUAGAAAAAUCCACUCUGGAACUCAUACUUAAAUCUGGGGCUCCUUAGGAAGCAUAUCCCUGGAUAAUAGGGAACCUUAACAUCUAUAAAAAAAUAAGGAUGUUGAAGGUCUCUGGUGAUAAAUAUGUCAUCAGAUACCAUUCUGUUCAGUUUUCUUAGCUGCCUUUAUUUCUGGGAGCCCUGAUAAAGCUUUAAAACAAUAAGGGCUUUCCUUUCUUGGCUACAAUGUAAUAAAAUAGGUUAGCUUGGAAAUGCAUUUGGAAAAUUAGUUGACUACAUCAGGAACAGGAUAAGUCCAGAUUCUGGGCAGGAUCUGAAAGUGGUCCAGUAGAUUUGAACAGAAAUGUUAGCCUUGAAUGGAAACUGUAAGCAAUGAACUCAGUUUCUUUUAAUCCUCAAAGCUGCAAGAUUUGGUAUUAAGAAGUUAGCUAAAGACAGCUGUCCUGGUCUAAUCCGUCUGAUGGCCUGCUACAGCUUCAGUUGUUGACAACUUACAAGUGGGGUAGCUUGAUGGGUCAGACAGACUGGUUUUUGUAUUAAGUUUUAAUAAAUGUUGGUAUUUUUGAUUACUUUUACUAUGUCUUUUUGAAAUUCUACUGUUCUAGUUGGAAUGUAGGUAUUUUCUGUACUUUCAAAGCCCAUUGCUAGCUCUGAAUACUGUACCCUAACACCUCUGUUAUAGAACAUGACUUUUUUGCUAAAACUUUACAGAAAUUGACUGUGAAAUAUGAAUGAAAUAAAGUAUGUACUUGAAAA